AUGGCGGCGGCGGCGGCGGCACCGGGGGCUCUGGGCGCCUGGCAGGCCGGCCGCGCCCGCCUGGUGGCCGCUGGCUGUGCGCCACUCGGCCCUCGGUGGACGCUGCCCGGCUCCCUGGCGGGCCAGCGGCUGGGGCCGGCCAUCCGGGCCCGGGGCUGGGCGCCCGCGGCCGGGGGGCUGCCCUCGCGGCGGGGCUACAGCUCCGAGGUGAAGACGGACGACGAGCUGCGGGUACGGUACCUGGAGGAGGAGAACCGAGGAAUUGUGGUGCUUGGAAUAAAUAGAGCUCAUGCCAAAAAUUCAUUCAGUAAGAAUCUCGUUAAAAUGCUCUCAAAAGCUGUGGAUUCUUUAAAAUCUGAUAAGAAAGUACGGACUGUAAUAGUGCGGAGUGAAGUCCCAGGAAUAUUCUGUGCUGGUGCUGACCUUAAGGAAAGAGUCAAAAUGAGUUCUAGUGAAGUUGGCCCUUUUGUUUCAAAAAUAAGAGCAGUGAUUAAUGAAAUUGCCAACCUGCCGGUGCCAACGAUCGCUGCCCUCGAUGGACUUGCUUUAGGCGGUGGUCUGGAACUGGCACUAGCAUGUGACAUAAGAGUGGCAGCUUCCUCUGCCAAAAUGGGCCUAGUUGAGACAAAGUUGGCGAUUAUUCCUGGUGGAGGGGGGACACAGCGCCUGCCACGCGCCAUUGGGAUGUCCCUGGCCAAGGAGCUCAUCUUCUCUGCACGGGUGCUCGACGGCCAAGAAGCCAAAGCAGUGGGCCUGGUCAGCCACGUCCUAGAGCAGAACCAGGAGGGCGAUGCUGCCUACAGAAAGGCCUUGGACCUGGCGAGAGAGUUCUUACCUCAGGGACCUGUUGCAAUGCGAGUGGCAAAGUUAGCAAUUAAUCAGGGGAUGGAGGUCGAUUUGGUAACAGGGCUGGCCAUCGAGGAAGCCUGCUAUGCUCAGACCAUUCCCACGAAGGACAGGCUGGAAGGGCUGCUGGCUUUCAAGGAGAAAAGGUCCCCUCGCUAUAAGGGGGAGUAG